AUGUUGUUUCGAUUUUUCCUAACGGUGCUUUUAUUUCUUGCUAUAUCUGCGGUUGAUCCAUUUGAAAAAUUUGCUGAAGCAACUACACGGCAUACAAAUAACUGGGCUAUUCUAGUGGAUACAUCACGAUUUUGGUUUAACUAUCGUCAUGUUGCUAAUGUACUUUCCAUUUAUCGCAGUGUGAAACGACUCGGAAUACCCGAUUCGAACAUUAUUCUGAUGUUAGCUGAUGAUAUGGCAUGCAACGCUCGAAACCCACGGCCUGCUGAAAUUUUCAAUAACGUCGCGGAACAAAUCAAUGUCUACGGUGACGACGUAGAAGUGGACUAUCGUGGCUAUGAUGUUACUGUCGAGAAUUUCGUUCGUGUUUUAACAAAUCGUUUGCCUGAAGUUACGCCUGUGUCUAAGCGUCUUCUCUCCGAUGAAAGUUCAAACAUAUUUAUCUACAUGACUGGCCAUGGUGGAGAUGGUUUUCUUAAGUUUCAAGACAACGAGGAAAUAUCGGCUGUUGAAUUAGCUGAUGUUUUCGAGCAAAUGUGGCGUAAGAAACGCUAUCAUGAGCUGUUCUUCGUUGUCGAUACGUGUCAAGCUGCAACCUUAUUCGAAAAAUUCUACUCACCGAAUAUCUUAGCUGUUGGUUCAUCGAAUCGUGGUGAAGAUUCGCUCUCGCACCAUGUCGAUCCUAAAAUCGGCGUUUAUGUUAUUGAUCGUUUCACAUACUAUGCACUUGAAUUUCUAGAAAAAUUGAAGCAAGAUUCGCAAAAGACAAUCAACGACUUCUUCCAUUGUUGUCCCAAACAUUUGUGCAUAUCGGAAGUGACAUGGCGAACGGAUUUAUUUACGAAACGUGAUUAUCGCAAAACAUUAUUAACCGAUUUCAUCGGAAAUGUCCGACGAACAGAUAUUGUUAUGAUAGAUAAACAAUUUUCGGAUAAUAUUCUUACAAAUUCCACGCGAGAAGCAAUUGUAGAUAAAGAAGAACAAUCCAAGCAACAGCAAUUUACUUACAUUUCACAAAUGCCAAUCUUGGACUAA